CUCUGCACUGGCAGAUAAAUAACAUCAUGUUUACUGGAACACAUACCUGCACACCGCAACAUCUGAUCAGCCCAGUUAAUAAAAAACAUUCACGGGUUCUACAAUACACUGCAGUGAGGAAGUGUGUCUCACUUUGAUCUUUAAAUACCCUCUAACAUUAACUUUUAUGAGAAAGGCAGACGCUCCCUUGAAUCCCUGCUGCAUGAACACCUAGCAUCUCUUUUUAUUUUUUUCAUUCUUCCUCCAACACCACCACCAUCUGUCCCUUUCUUCCAUUUCAUGUGCUCAAGCGUUAUCCACACCCCUCUCAUAGCAACAGCACGUCGCCCCCGCGCCUUGCAGUGGAUUUUUCUUCCUCUGGAUCUGCGCCUCUCACCAUGCAGACGGUCCCUCGGCCCUGCCUGACUACUCAGUGUUCCCCCCUCCCCCAACAGCCGUGCUCCUAUUUCACUCAAAGAUGGCGUCGGCUCUAAAGCCCCUGGUCCUCUGGCUGCAUUUUUAGCCUUGUUGUUGUCUUCGUUCCGCACGGUUCUGGCACCUUCUUUGCAGCGGCUCGACACGAAAUUCCGAUUUCAUCAGCUGCUGAGGCACAGUGGGAAUGAAGGUGAUCAAACUUGAUCUCUCCCUGUGGUGUGUUUUCUCUUCCACUCCAGAGAUGAGAAUCCCACAUCACUGAAAGAAGAAGACAGUGGAAAGAGCAAGUGGAGACAAGAAAACGUGGAUUUGGAGAUCUGUUUUCUUGACCCUUUACAUUGUAACACUAAUUUAAUGUUCUGGAGACCUUGAUCACAUCUUGUCACUUUACACUAAGAACUGUUUACUUCACCACUGGCAGAAAACUGACUGCACAUGAUUUUUGAAAUUUUUUUAACACUUUAUAGGACAGAAAACUCUGUUUCUGUGAAAGGCACUCCUACCCAUCUAUCUCCUAUCUAUCUACCCGGUUGUGUCUCGUGCACUGUGGGAGUUUAACUUGUUAAAAGAGCUGCUGCUUCUUCCACUUCCCCCUGCUUCCUGCCAGGGACAUUUACCUGGCUAGGAGUGGGUGGUAGGUGGGCCAAAUUUUACCAGAUAGUGGGUUGGCUCGGGUAGAUUGUGCUAUGAUUAACUGCUCUUUUCCGUGUUGCUCAUACUCAGCUUCUGAGGGACUCUCUGUGCGGCCCCAAGACAAGGGAUAGUAAGCUGGUUGAGGACAAAGAGGAGGAGGCGGCGCUACGGCGCAGGCCGGGUGUUUACUUGGCGGACGGUUAUAAUUUCUUUGUUUGUGGUACUUGCAGUGAGGCCCUUGGGUCACUGCAUCUGCCCAGACUGCAGCUAUGGUGAAGCUGGCAAACCCAGUUUACACCCAAUGGAUCCUAGAGGCCAUCAAGAAAGUCAAGAAGCAGAAGCAGCGACCAUCAGAGGAGCGCAUUUGCAAUGCAGUUUCUAUGUCCCAUGGUUUGGACCGCAAAACGGUUCUGGAGCAGUUGGAGCUCAGUGUCAAGGAUGGCACAAUCCUUAAGGUCACCAACAAGGGACUUAACUCCUACAAAGACCCAGAUAACCCUGGACGUUUGGCUCUGCCAAAGCCAAAAAGUGGCAACAGCAGCAGCACUGGGGGAGGAGGUGCAGCUGCAUCAACAGGAGGAAGUGGCAGCACCAGUAACAGCAGCAGCAGUGGUGCAUCUCAUUCGCAUUCUGGGAAGAAACCUGGACUUGAUUGGAACAAGCUGAUCAAACGGGCAUUGGAGGGGCUCCACGAACCCUGUGGUUCCAGCUUAAAGAACAUUGAGCGCUUUCUCAAGUGUCAGGCGGAUGUGGCAGCCUACCUGUCGAGCAGUGGUUCUUUGGGAGCUGGCCUCUUCCACCAACAGCUGAGGGUAGCUCUGAAGAGAGCCGUGGCUCACGGACGUGUGGCCAAGCAGGGACAAAUGUUCCAGCUGGUUAGCCGCGUCAGCUCCCAGGAUGACGGGACCGGAACGGUGUCUCUGGAAUCGCUGCCGCCUGUGCGAUUGCUGGCUCACGAGAAGGAUAAGCCCGUGGCAGAACCCAUCCCCAUCUGCAGCUUCUGUUUGGGGACCAAGGAGCAGAACCGCGACAAGAAGCCAGAGGAGCUCAUCUCCUGUGCAGACUGUGGCAACAGUGGCCACCCGUCCUGUCUCAAGUUUUCCCCAGAGCUCACGGCACGAGUCAAAGCUCUGUGGUGGCAGUGCAUUGAAUGCAAGACUUGCAGCAGCUGUCAGGAUCAAGGAAAGAAUGCGGAUAACAUGUUGUUCUGUGAUUCUUGUGACCGGGGCUUCCACAUGGAGUGCUGCGAUCCUCCACUUACACGGAUGCCCAAAGGCAUGUGGAUUUGUCAAAUCUGCCAACCCAGGAAUAAGGGAAAGACUCUUUUACAUGAAAAAGCGGCACAGAUCAAACGGCGAUACAACGCACCGCUGGGACGGCCCAAGAACAGACCAGGGCGACCCUUGAAGAAGCUGGGAGGACGAGGUAGGAGGAAGCGCUCCACCUCAGCCAACUCUUCCUCCAGCUCCUCUUGUGAAGGUUACCCCGGAGAUGACCGGCUACUUUUCUCGAUGCACGAAGACGACGAACAGUCCAACAGCAGCCUGCACUUCAACAGCAAGACUAAGGGCCUCAUCGACGCCCUCACCAAGUUCUUCACUCCAUCGCCGGCGGGCCGUAAGGCGCGACAGGAGGUGGUGGACUACUCACAGCAGUGCCGCAUUCGGAAGAAAGCUGGUCGAAAAGGAGAAGGAGAUGACGGAGACAAUCAGGACGGCAGUGAUUGGCGGGAAGACGAAGACAAACUGCCUGGACACGAGAACCUGACAGAAAAAGACAUUGAACUGUUCAAACAUAUCCAGGAGCUGGCGCUUCAGAAAGUUGGGGUCACGGGUCCACCAGACCCACAGAUGCGCUGUCCAUCAGUCAUCGAAUUUGGCCAGUUUGAAAUCCAGACUUGGUAUUCGUCUCCGUACCCACAGGAGUACAGCAGACUCCCCAAACUAUACCUGUGCGAGUUCUGCUUGCGCUACAUGAAGAGCCGCAGCAUCCUCUACCAGCACAUGAGGAAAUGUAACUGGUUCCACCCUCCAGCCAAUGAGAUCUACAGGAAGGACGAUGUUUCUGUGUUUGAGGUUGAUGGGAACGUGAGCACAAUCUACUGUCAGAACCUGUGUCUGUUGGCCAAGCUGUUCCUGGACCACAAGACCCUUUACUAUGAUGUAGAGCCCUUCCUUUUCUACGUCCUCACACAGAAUGACAGCAAAGGUUGCCAUCUCGUUGGCUACUUCUCCAAGGAGAAGCAUUGUCAACAGAAAUACAACGUAUCAUGCAUCAUGAUUCUUCCACAAUACCAGCGCAAGGGCUAUGGACGCUUUCUCAUCGACUUCAGCUACUUAUUGUCAAAGAGGGAAGGACAACCAGGCUCCCCAGAGAAGCCUCUGUCUGACCUGGGUCGGCUGUCUUAUAUGGCUUACUGGCGCAGUGUGGUACUAGAGUGUCUCCACGAGGUCCGCGACCGACAGAUCACCAUACGACAGCUCAGCAAAAAGACAGGGAUCUGCCCGCAGGACAUCACCACGACCCUCCACAGCCUCAACAUGCUGGAGCAGCGAGGAGACGGCCUUGUGUUGAUGCGAAGGGAGAAGGUGGUGGCUAAUCACAUGGCUCGUCUUAGAGCUCGGCCACGUCAGCUGGAAGUUGAUCCCGAGUGUCUCCGCUGGACCCCAGUCAUUGUUACAAACACUGUUGUCUCUGAAACGGAUGGAGAGGAGGAGGAAGAAGAAGGGGAGGAGGAAGAACUGGAGGAUGACAUUCAUAAGGAGAUCAAACCAAGCCACAAGGUUCAAACAGCACCGUGGCAAAUGAGUGUAGAGGACGAAGAAAGAAAGGGCUUCCUGGGGUUCCCCAUCAGCCAAAGCUCUCCGACGUCUCCCUCUGUCCAUGGUCCGCCAUUUGUCUCAGAUCCAGUGCAUCCUCCUCCACCGUCAAACGGUGAGCGACGGCCCAGGGGGCGUCCGCCUAAAAACUGCCCCUGGGGCAAGAUAAAAAACAGCACACGUGUCGGACGUCCCCCAAAGAUCCGCCACAUGGAAGACGAGGAUGAUGAGGAUGAGGAGACACCAGGGGAAGGAAGGACAGAAGCCUCUUGCAGCAGCCCACCUUCCCUUUUCUCAAUGGAUAGGCAAGGAGACACCUCAGCUUUUCCUUCACUGGACUUGGCCAGGCACCCUUCAAUAACCCCUACAACACGAAGAGGGCGACCGCCGAGAAAGAAAAGGGGCCCGAAGCCUAGACUUCCAGAUGGGCCUGGAGGGGGGCUGACACAGUCCGUCCUAUCCAGGUUAAAUAAUGCAACGUCUGCCGACAAAAGCUGUUUCAGUGACAGUAGUGAUGUCGACGAGGAGGAGGAGGAGGAUGAUGAUGAUGAGGGGAGGGCUUGCUCGCCACCCAUCCUCACCAAGCCAGCAAUAGGGCUUAAAUGCAAGAAGCCCCUAAAGAGGCCUCGUUUUCGUCGCAGCAGUCACCCACAAAGCAGCGUGGUGACAGAGACCAUUUCUGAGACCACAGAGGUAUUGGAUGAGCCCUUUGUGGACUCAGACUCUGAGAGGCCUAUGCCUAGACUUGUAGAGGAAACAUCCCUGGGCCACCCACUGCGUCGCUAUCCCCCAGCAAGAUCUGCUCUGAGAUUGUCUGAGCCAACUCCCAAGAAAGCCCGCCACUCCAACCUCUCUGAUUCAGAGGACGAUGCUUUUGUUUUUGCCUUCUCAGAACUAACACCUGUGCUGAAACCUGUAUCUGCUCUGGCAGUAAAGCCAUCAGAGUUGCCAAUGGUCAACCCAGAUGUCCCCAUCAAGAAGAAGAAGGGCUGGCCAAAAGGAAAGAGCCGCAAACCACAGCACUGGACAAAAUGCGGGCCUGGAAAAUCUGGCUGUGGGCCCAACCAAGACGAUAGCCAGGUCCAAAGUGGGGAUUCACACACCCCCAAAAUCAAAAUGAAGCCUGGGCGCAAACCCCGUAGCUGGUAUCUUCAACGGGAGGAGGCUGAGAAGCAGGAGAAGGAAAGACAGCGGCUGCACAAAGAUUCUGAGCUGCUCUACAGAGAAGACCACACUACCACCAGUCUGCGAAUCAACGAAACUACCAAACAAAAAGACUCUGAUGAAGACGAUGAUUAUUUCCCUAAACCUGCUGAACAGAAAGUGCCCAAAAGGCGAGGGAGGCCGCCAAAGAACCGCUCCCUCCACCAGCCACCACAGCCUGCCCCCAAACCCCCUCCCACCUCCGAGCAAGAUGAUGAGGAUGAAGAAGAUGAGGAAGAGGACAUUGAAACUGCAUGGGUGGAAGACAAGCCCAUACGUCCACCAUCCCGUCCCCUUCUCCCUCUCUCUUCUUCCUCCUCAGCGUCAGGGCCACGAGCCCCACAUUCCCAGCCUCAGGAUGCGGAAAUAGGAGACGGGGAGGAUGAUGAGGACAAUGAAGAUGGGGAGGAAGAGGAAAGUGGCAGUGGAGGCAGUAGUGUCACCAGGCGCGCAGCUGUCACACCAGGUUCUGGUAGCAGGCGGAGCGAAGAGCACGAUGCAGACGAUGAAGGUGAUGGGCAUUUAGAAGACAAGAGUAACAGCUGCAAGCCCAGAAAAAGACAAGACUCCGAUGAUGAAGAAGAAGACGAGGAGGAGGAGGAUGAGCCCACCUCGCCAGCAAACUCUCCUCCAGUCAAAGAAGAGCCCCAAGGUGGUGAGGCUUUUUUAGACAUGGACAACAGCGUGGUGGCAAACUAUGUCAGCAAGCAGGAGGAAGAAGAGGAGGAGGAGGCUGAGAAGGAGGUACAGGAAGCCAAGUCUCCACCUCCUUCUGCUGACCCACUGCAGGAAGAGAGGCGACGCAGGGAGCAGGAGGAGUCUGCUGCAGCCGCUGCAGCAGUGGAAACGGUCACGGCCAUGUCCGUUCCUUCAGAAAACAUGCAGCUAGAGUCCCUGCACCCGGACAACAAAGACGUCACGCUGUUGAUGGAACCCCAGCAUCCACACUCCCACCCACAUCAGCAUUCUGAAUAUAAAGAAGAGUUGGGACAGCACCAUCCACACCACCAACAUCAACACUCCAAUGAGCUGGACCUGGAGACAAUGCAGGCUGUGCAGUCCCUGACGCAGGGGGAAGCCCAGGAGGACGAGGCUGAGCCACAGCCACACCAUGGGGCCUACCAAGACUGUGAGGAGACCUUAGCCGCCUGCCGCACCCUACAGAGUUAUAGCCACACAGCAGAGAAUGAGGAGGAAGGGCUACCUUUAGUAGAGGAGUGUGGAGCCUCACAACACAGCAGCCCUCUCCCCAACCCCCCAGUGCCUCCUCUGCCCAACCAGUCUGUCCGCUCAGUCAACAGCCCGGGGUUGUCCUCGGGCAUUGUGGAGACAUCGCCAGCCGGACAGAGGGGGGGGACCCCUGGCCCCACUGCAUCCACAGGCAGUAGUGGGAGUGCUGGGAGUGGGUACACCCAAAUCACACCAGAACAUCCCAGUUCGCUGUCUGCCCCGUCCCAGCAGAACAUGGAAACAUCUCCCAUGAUGGAUGUGCCGUCGGUGUCAGAUCACUCACAGCAGGUUGUCGACAGUGGCUUCAGUGACCUGGGCAGCAUCGAAAGCACGACAGAGAAUUACGACAACCCAAGCAGCUACGACUCCACCAUGGGCAGUGGGGGAAACGGAACAGGCAAUGGGGGUAAUGGAGGGGCGAUGUCAGGUGCUGUUGUGGCAGGACCCUCUGCAACUUCAUCAUCCUCUUCUUCCUCCUCCUCCACCUCAGUCACUCCAUCUUCCUCCUCCUCUCAGUCCAACAGUUGUUCCUUUGUGCAAGCUCCCAGCCUCACAUCCUCCACAGCCAAUGGGGGGUCCCAGUUGGGCAUGGGCAGCUGUAGCCUCAUUCAGCAAACUGGUCAAGGACCCAACAGUGGACCAGGAGCUGGUAAUGUGGGCGGUGCCGUGCCCCAGCCUCCACCACCUCCACCGCCUUCCAACACCCCCAGCUGUGGUAUUAAGUCCCCUCAGAGCUGCGGUGUGAUCGAGAGGCCUCCCAGCACCAACCAGCAGCAGCAGCAACCUCAGUCCCAGAAAAAGGUUCCCCAGCAGCCUCCUCAGCAGCAGCAAACCCCCAACCCUCAACCCCAAGCUUCAGCCCAGCCUCCACCGCAGCAGCAGGCUUUGUCCCAGUGCAGCAUGGGCAACGGCUUCGCCUCCACACCCAUGAUCAUGGAGAUCCCAGAGAGUGGAGGAGGAGGAGGAGGCAGGGCCCUCUAUGAGCGCAUGGGUCAGGACUUUGGGACAGGCAGCUACCCCCAGUCCACUGCAACAUUCAGCCUGGCAAAGCUCCAGCAGCUCACCAACACUAUCAUGGACCCUCACGCCAUGUCCUACUCGCACUCUGCCUCCGUCACAUCGUAUGCCACCAGCGUUUCUCUCUCCAACCCCGGACUGGCCCCCUCACCCCACACUCUUCCUCAGGGCCAGCCCACCAUGACCUCGCCUGCCAACCUAAGUUCUGGCUCCAUGAAUCUGAGCUCGCUGCAGCUCCAGUGCAACAUGCCAGCCACCAACAUCAGCCUCGGGCCUCCACAAUCACACCGGCUGCAGGGCCAGAUGGCAACGGUUAAAGGCCACAUCUCCAUCCGGUCCAAAGCCACCCAGCAGCUGGCGCCAGCCCCGCACCAGCAACAGCUCUAUGGCCGCAGCUCGGGGGCUGUUGCCAUGCAGGGCACCCCCCGGACAUUGGCAGUGCAACGCGGCAUGAUGCCUAAUCUCAUGCCUACGCCGACAGCGUACAAUUCCAUGAACAUGACUCCUUUGAACGCUAUGUCGGCUGGUUACAGAAUGCCUCAGAGUAUGAUGAACAGUGGCUACCACAGCAAUCCCCCCUACAUUAAUCAGCCAGCUCAAUACCCCAUGCAGAUGCAGAUGGGCAUGAUGGGAGGGCAGGGUUACCCCCAGCAGCCUAUGCAGCCCAAUCAUCAUAGCAACAUGAUGUACACGGGCCCUUCCCAUCACAGCUAUGCUGGAGUUCCAAAGCAGUCGCCGUACAUGAGCAGAUGAGCAGCUGCGAGCAGGUAGCGGAGACGUGGGACCAGAGCUGAUGCUCGCUGUAUUUUAAAUAUCAAUCACUCCCUUUGCCUGGUCCGGUGCCUCUGCAGGCACCAGGGAGGCUAGGUGAUCGGAGGCAGGGUGUGUUUGGAUUUCCUGUUGCUCAGUGCAGUCAUUUUUGUCCAGUUUUUAUUUAGGCUUGGUUCUCCCUCCAGCUGGCUGUGUUUGGGAUUCGGGAUCGAACGUGUACACCGGACCUCAGCUCUGCAGGGCUGUAAUCAGGCCGGGUCAUGCAAAGAGGCAAACGUGGGUACAGUUUCCUUCUUUUCCCGAUGCCCUGCCAGAGAGAACGGGACGUCAAAAAUGACCAAACAAAUGACCCAGAGUGACAAUACAGGAAUUCCUUGCUCCAACAGACUGCGAAUGAAACGAAUAAUGGUUAACUGAAUAUAUCCAACCAUGCACACAAUCUUUUAAUUGAUAUAGGAAGCCUUAUCUUAAAAAAAGAGACCAUGAAAACUUGUAGGUGGACUGUUUUGUUAAACAUAAUGUUAAAUAUUAUUUUUCUUGUCGUUUUUGUUGUUUUUUUUGGAAUACUUGUGUGCAGUCCAACCUCUUAUAUGCUUUUGUCUUUAUAUGUGUGACAUUCUGAAAUGGUGACACACCUGCUGGGCAUCUCCAAGGCAGCUCGGCCAGACGACGGUUCCUGCAAAGCCUCGGAGCGGGGCCUCUCCCCAGGCGUCUGACGUUGUGUUAGAGCUGUUUCUGGAGUCUCCGUCUUCCCAGAUGGACAGUGUUGUACCAAAAAAACAAGGCAGAGACACAGAAGAGACAAAUGUGUUCCUGUCUAUUAUAUAUCCAUAAGAGAAACAAGUAGCAUUAUUUUCCAGUUUGCUGCCACUUGGAAACAUUUUAGAUGUAAAUAUUCUGGUACUUCCCUACACACAAUACAUGUACACUAACACACACACACACGCAUAACAUCAACACACACUGACUAGCUGUUGCCAAUCGGUGGCUAGCUCAGGAAUGUCUAACAUUCAGCUCUUUUUGUCCCCACUCCACUGAAAGACGUUGUACAGUGUCAGCCUUUUUUAGCAGUUUAGAGAAUGCAGAGUUCACCUGCUCCAAAUAAAGAGUCCAUACAAGCUGCCCUCACCUCUUCCCAAAGAGGUUCAGGAGCCUGCUUCUGGUUAUUUAGUUUAAACUGUAGUAUUUCUUUCUGCACUCCCAUUGACUAGAUGAAUGGCAGCAGACAUCCAGCCUUUGUGAAAGGUGUGCCUAAAAUGCCCGAUCUAGUGCUCGGAUCAGCUCUCAGUCGGAGGCGCGCUUAAGUUAAAGCAGGGUCAGAGACAAGGGAGUGUUCCUGCUCCCUGUGGCGAUGGCGUUCAAACGACAGGCGUGCAAACCGGAUCCUGUCACUCCAUGUACCAGUAUUCAAAGUCGAAAGAAGAGUUUGGGUUUUUUUUCUUUCCUACAUGCAUACUUUCUUUUGAGUGUAUUGCUCUGUUCUGUACUCAUUUCUUUUGUCACUUGAUUUCUGAAUUUUAUCAGACUGGGCAGCUUUCUUUUAUGACACAAGCUGACUCUUUUUGUCUUUAGAAAACUAUUGUAGAGAAGAUGUUUUUCUAUAAUAUAAAAAGGAAAUUCUGACAUUGAUAUUGGUACUGUCAUUUUUUUUUUUCCCCACUUCUGUUUCUGGAAACAAAAAAAACAUUUUUUUUAGCUUGUCUCUUGGAUAAUUACUAAGAAAUUCAAAAUGUAAAAAUCUACCACUCACUUUUAGGGACUUUAAGAUGCCUUUAACCUCUCCAUUCCAUCUCAUCUCUAGAGUUUUUCUAUCUUUGUGUAGUAUAUUAAUGCUAUUUUAAACAAAAGGACUACAAAUAUCUAAAGGUCACUUGGCAUUGUUUUCGUUUUGUUUGUUUUUCUUUUUUUAAUUGUGUGUGUAUAGGAUGACGUCCUUACAUUUAAGAGGCAUGUACAAAUGAGCUCGGUAUAUUUGUCUGUUUAUAUUGCUUCCCUUUUUGUAUCCUUUGUAAUUGUACAUGUUGCGUUGUAUGCUAAGAGAGAAAAAAUAAAGAGACGGGGUAACAGCAGAGCGCACAGUGAAGGUUGAGUCGUGCUCAGCCGCCUCAGCUCUCUACUCUGUCCCUGUGUGUAUUUCAAUUUAUUCAUUUGUUUUAUUUUUUUAUUUUAUUUUUUUCUUUCUUAGCAAAAACUCUGUACAUUUUAACAUAAAAUGGAAAUAAAUUAUGUUGAGCCA